UUAAGUGUGUAAUGUCAAUUUGACAAUUUUGAUGUCAACCGCACACAUUUCAUUGUGCAACCAAAUAAAUCCGCUACGAGCCUUUGAAUGUGAGCUCAUCUUGGCAGGCAACAAGUCUGAAGUGGUGGAGUUAAUAUAAAAAACUUAAACAAAAUAAAUAAUUAUGUUGCUACAACAAUUCACCCGCGCAUUCCACACGACGCGUCUAGUGUUCGCCGGUGCUGAAAAGAGUGCCUUGGCAGCGUUGCGCAAGAAGACCGGCUACACAUUUGCCAAUUGCAAAAAAGCGCUUGAGAUGCAUAAUAAUGACAUCAAUUUGGCAGAAAAAUGGUUAAAUGAGCAGGCCCAAAGUCUUGGUUGGUCAAAGGCUACGAAGCUGGCAGAACGUGCCACAGCUCAAGGUUUAGUAGGCGUAUUGAUCCAUGGCAAUAUCGGUGCUAUGGUUGAAGUAAAUUGUGAAACAGAUUUUGUUGCACGCAAUGAGCAUUUUAAGAAUUUUGUCGAUCAUGUGUCUCGCAUUUGUGCUAAAUACACGGAGACUACAGAUUUCGAUGGUGAUUUAUGGAAGCUCGGAUUUGAAGCUGAUGCACUGAAGAAUCUUCGCACUACAGAUGGUAAAACUCUUGGCGAUCACCUAGCCUUGCUUAUUGGUGCUGUUGGUGAAAAUACAUCAAUCAAACGUGCGAUAUGUUUUAAAACCAGUAAUGAUAUGCAACUGGCUGGAUAUGCGCAUCCAACUUCCACGACUACAACUGUUACCGAGAACACUACACAAAUAGGAAAAUAUGGUACAAUUGUUGCCUUCCGUGGUACUGGCUUGGAUGAAGAAUUGCAAAAGAAUAUUUGCCAGCAUAUUGUUGGGCUCAAUCCAGUAAAGAUUGGCGAAGAGGGAAAAGAUAAACCAGUAGCUAAUAAAGAUGAUGAGACUUGCCUUAUACAUCAAGAGUAUUUGCUCGACUCUGAGCGCACUGUAGGCGAAGUGCUUAAGGAGAAUAAUGUCGCUAUUAUUGACUAUCAACGUUAUGAAUGUGGUGAGGCUACAAAGAAUGAACGUUUGGAGCAGGCUGAACUAAGUAAUUAACUGCUUUGCUCCACAUGUAUUGUUGAAUAAAAAAUAAUUAAAAAUA